AUGCCCCAGACACUCCUUAAAUACCUGACCGCACCAAACGCGCGGUUGAUUGUCCACUCCCCACCACCACACUCAUAUACUCAACAUGACGACUGGGAUCCGGUCGAGAACAUCGGAAUAUGGGACGACUUCGAAUAUAACCAUCUGAUAAAGCGAUUCCACACAUCUCUUACCAGAGAGACAGACUUAUCCAGUACUGUUACCACCGCUGAAGAUGCUGGCGCUAACAUUAUCUGUGAUGAGGCUGGGCUCACGAUCCUCCUUGGGAGCACCAAUAUCAAUAUGGUGUCCCGCGCACUUCCUGAACCUUUAUUUAUCGCCGCCGGGUCGCGGAUUACCGCGUAUCCCCAUGCACGACCAGAUUGGGGCGCUGGGGAUAACAACCUUCAAUACUCAUCUCCAGAGGGUGUCUGUCGGGCUCUGGUGUGCGGAGACACCAAACUGGAGUGGGAUGUGGAGAGAGCAAUGCGGUUGGUAGCUGCUGGAAACUAUCUGGACCAGCGGGAUGCUAACAUAGUCCGACCAUUCGAACAAGUCCAGCAUUACUGCAAAGUUUACAAAACCCGAUACGGAUUUAUCCUUACCAACAAGGUAUUUGUGGCUGUACGAGCGAGACUUUCGCCCUCCCCCCAGGGGCCCACAUCAAGAUUAUCACGACAGAGAGCGGUAAAGAGUCAUAACAGAGUAUUAUCAGACACAUCUACCGGCACCAACGUCUCUGAAAUAUCAGACUCGUUCAGCACCAUGUCAUUUCGACCGGAGCCGCGGGAUGCAGAUGUAGCUAUGCUGGAAGUGGUGAUUACACCAUGGGAUCAUGGGAACUCAAAGAAUACUAUCAACCUUCAUCUCUACUGCUUAGUUCGACUGGCAGCAGAGGAGCGGGCUUUAUCUGAUCAUUAUGAACCAAUCUUUGGUGAGCAGCAGAAGGUGGCAGAGAAACGGAAAGAGCCCCCUGGGGAUCUCGGCCAGUCUUCUACAAGUAGGAAGGAUUCGACACGGGAGCAGGGUACUUCGGAAAGGCAUCGUAGACCUUGA